UAAACUUCUCCCUAAACCCCCGGCUGCUGGCGCUUUUCUGGGUUUAGGGUUUAUAGGCACAAAAAAAGUUAGCCGUUAAAAUUCCGUUCGCCGGAAUUGGACUCGCCGAUAAACUCAAUGGACCCAGUAGUUGAUUCACUGCUAAGAAGUUUCCGGCAGGUACCUCCGGCAGCAAUACCGGCGAUGCUGGACUGUAUAUUGGCUUCAACAAACUCUGUUCCGUCAUCAAUUUUCUCUAGUCUACUGGAAAAGUUCCCCAGUUUCAGCCAGGGUAUAAUAGAUGGGAGCAAAGAUUUGGAUUUUGAACAGCGCAAUUGUAUUGUUUCGUUUGUUAGUGCAACCUGUCAUCUUCUGAAGAAGUCAGGAGCGGAGACUAGAUAUAUGGAGUUAUUGAUUUGGAAAAUAUUUCUUCCCCUGAUGAAGCUGGUUCAUUCCAAUGACCGUGAAUUAUUUAACAAGGUUGCAGGUAUGACCUUCAGUGUUGUCGCUGAUACAAACAGUUGGGAGGUUGUUGAAGUAACCAUUAUCCCGUUUUUGUUAAGAUUGGUCGGACUAUCUAUGGGUGAGAUUCAAAGCGAAGAGUUGGAUGCUUAUAAGUUGUGCCUGACUUCUAAAAAUUCAGAAGACCGGCAUUUGGAGCCACAGUGCACACUAUAUGACAAUCUUGUGCAAUGCAAUCCUAAUUAUUUCCCGUUGCCUGUUUCUUGUCAUAUUUUAACAUUGAUACUAGAUGCUUCUCAGCAAAGUUUACAUACAGUGAGAUCAGUAUCUGGAUUGGAUUUCGUAGAUGAAUGCUGCACAGAUAAAUUUUCUGCAAAUUUGCUCUGGGAUCUUUGCAAUAUUACCAUUAAAAUGCUUCCACAAAGUGUGGAGCAUCGAUCUUCUGCAGUUACUUUUUUCCUUCCCUCCAUAUUCAGAGCACUUGAUUCUCAUUCUGCUUUUGAAGUCUCAAUUAAUGGACAGAACUAUGUACUUUCUCGGAAAAGUAUUUUAGAGAAGCUAUGGAAGAGUUGCAAGACAUUGUUUUCUUUGGGGACCCUGGAGAGAAGAGAUGCGUAUGCUAUACUUUCUCUGUACCUGUCUUUCUUUACUUAUACUGAUGAAUGCCAAUAUAGUUAUAUGAGUAGCACGACAGAAAUAUUUAAUUUGAGAGCUGAGAAACAAUUCUGGGAUGAAAUGAAAAAAGGCUUGGUUGAUAAGGAGAGCUCGGUGAGGAAACAAUCUUUAUAUAUUUUGAAGAGAACCAUAAAUUUAGACGAGAAAAACCAGUAUCAAACUAGUGUUAAAACCAUAGACGAGAGAAGUUUAGCCCAUCGUGGUAUGACUAAAAGGGAAAGGUGGGCUGAGGAGGAAGCUAUGUCCCUGGGGGUUGGGAAAAUUUGCAAGACAAGUGAUUUCCUCUCCAGUUGCUACCAGAAAUGGGAGGCAUUUUUUCUUCUUUAUGAAAUGCUCGAAGAGUAUGGCACUCACUUGGUCGAAGCAGCAUGGAAUCACCAGAUGACCUUGUUGCUUCAUUCCUCUUCGUCUCCAGAAAAUUCAGUAAACACUAUCAAUGGAAAUGUGUGCCACACUUGGAUGGAUAGUUCAGAAGAAAUUUUUGAAUGGUUAGCUGUAUUGUGGGAACGUGGUUUUUGUCAUGAUAAUCCUCAAGUUCGGUGCUUGGUCAUGCAGUCGUUUCUGAGUACAGAGUGGACAAAGUACAACCACUGUGCAAAGUUGGUUCCACAAAAUUUCUUAACUGGUUCACUUGUAGAAGGAUUGAAUGAUCCGGUGCACAACAAAGAUUUUGGUGUAAGAGGAGUUUAUUCUACCUGGACAAUUGAAGCUGCUGGCCAAUUUUUUUCUCGGUACAGUAGUUAUCUGGAUGAAAGGAAUGGGGUUGUUUUUUUGAAACGUUUGGCUUCCGUUGCUAAGAGGCAAUCUUUUGGACGAGCUGGAUUAAUGUGUCUUACAAAGUGCAUUUCUUCAGCUGCUUGUGGUAUUGGACAAUGCAGCGAUAUAUCACCAGUCAUUUUGCAAGAUAAGGAGUCUUACCCAAGUGAUAAAGUAGACUUGCUUGACACUUUCCGAUAUAUUAUUGAAAGCUGUAAACAACAUUUCAAUCCCUCUUAUCGGCACCAAGUUUGUGAGAACAUUCUAGCUGCUGCUGUUUCUGUGGUGAUUCCUACUGAUGUUCCUCUUGAAACACUUUUACUUUUCAUUUCAAGCUUGCCGCGAGAAAUUACUGAUAAUGGAGGUUCUUUGAGAUUAAAGGUACAAGAAUGGCUUGGGAUGAGCGUACAGAAACCUUCUACAUCUGACUGUCUACAAACAAAUCUCAAGCUUUUGGAAUCUCUCAUUGGUUACCAAAGAAAGUUGAUAAGUUCCUGUCAUGCAAUUGAUAUUUUUGUUAACUAUGAUGACGAAGAUUUGGAUUCUUGGGAAGCUGAGGCAAAAAGAUGGACAAGGGUGCUUUUUCUUGUUAUCAAGGAAGAGGAGGACUUGAAUCCAAUAUUCAAGUUUAUUCAAGAUCAUGCUGCUAAUGUAUGUGAUCGUAGCAACAAUUUGGAGUGGGUACCAGUAAAAUUGCUCAUCCUUCUUUUGAGCUUCAUCCAUGAGUUACAAGUACUCCAAGGGAGAUUGGUUGACUGCUUGAAAACAGGAAGCUCGAAGACAAGCCUUAGCAUUUCUGACAAAGUUGACCAAUAUUCAAUGAUGAAAAGCUCGACCAUUUUUUUGGUGUUCUCUAAAUUAUUUUUCUCUAUAUUGGAUGCACUAGUCUCAUAUGCUGGAAUGUCGUGCAGCAUUUUUUGGUCAAAACACAUGGAAGAGGGUGGAGAUUUUUCUGGCUCCAUCCGAGGCAGGCUGGGGGGUACAAGUCAGCGUCGGUUGUCGUCUUCAUUGACCAGUUCAGUUUUGCAGGCUGUGACGUCUAUAAAAGCAGUUGCUUCCAUCUCCAGUUGGUCCGCACAGUUUGGCACCGAUGCUUCGCUUGCGUCUGUUGUUACCUAUCUGUGGAACUUUUGCUGGAAGAUAAGUAGUACAUCUCCGGCAUGUAGUUCAGAGCUUGAGGCAGAAAUAUGCCUAGCAGCGUAUGAAGCAGUAGCAGGUGCUUUGGAAGGAUUACUGUCCAUGUUCAAUCUGCUGUUAGAUCAUGUCACAGAAGAUGACGAGUUAACUUCAUUAAAAGCUGAUGGUAAAUCAGUCUUGGAUUCCUUACUCAGGACUUUGCUUCAGAACAUCAACAACAUAAUUGCAGUGGGAAAUUUGGCACGAGCUCGACGAGCAGUUCUAUUGAACUGGAAGUGGAUAUGCAUCGAGUUGCUACUAUCAAUUCCCAAUCAUGCACUUAAGAGUGGAGUGCAUUCGAGAAAACAUAACUCUUACUUCUCAGAUACAACACUUAUAUGGACUUUUGAUGAUCUUGUUGACAGCCUUGAGAAUGCUGGAGACGCUUCUGUUUUGCCCAUGCUGAGAUCUGUCAGAUUAAUCAUGGAGCGGUUAGCUUUGGGAAGGGAAGGUUCAAUGGUUUCUGCUUGUCAUGGGAUUGACAUCCAGAUGAUGUGGAAGCUGGUGCGCUCUUCUUGGAUUUUACAUGUCAGCUGCAAAAAAAGGAGAAUUGCUCCAAUUGCUGCACUUAUGUCUUCUGUGAUGCACUAUUCUGUUUUUGGCGAUGAGAAGAUGCAUGAAUAUGAGAAUGCACCUGGACCUUUGAAGUGGUUUGUGGAGAAAAUACUUGAGGAGGGCACUAAAAGUCCACGAACCAUUCGGUUAGCCGCCUUGCAUUUAACUGGACUUUGGCAUGCUUGUCCAAGUAUUAUAAAGUUCUAUAUGAAAGAACUAAAGUUGUUAACACAAUAUGGUUCAGUUGCAUUUGAUGAGGAUUUUGAAGCUGAAUUGUCUGAAAAUCGUGAUGCCAAAAUUGAAGUAUCAGUUCUGGCUAAAAGCCCAGAUCCUGAGCUGACUGAAGAAUUUAUCAACACAGAGCUGUAUGCACGUGUCUCAGUGGCAGUUAUGUUCUCCAGACUUGCAGAAAUAGCCAGUACGCACAAAGAAGAUAGAAACGGUAGUGAUGCUCUAGUAUCUGGCAAGAUGUUCCUACUCGAACUUCUCAAUUAUGUGGUGAACGACAAAGAUCUUGCUAAAGAGUUGUGUAAAAAGUACAGUGCGAUUCAUAGGCGCAAAGUUCGUGCAUGGCAGAUGGUAUGCAUUUUGUCACAGUUUAUUGAUCAAGAUAUAGUCCAGCAAGUUACCCAUAACUUGCAUGUAUCUCUCUACAGGAACAAUUUCCCUUCGGUUCGACAGUAUUUGGAAACUUUUGCGAUCAAUAUCUACUUGAACUUCCCUUUGCUGGUUGGGCAAGAAUUAGUACCAUUGCUGCGAGAUUAUAAUAUGCGGCCUCAGGCUUUAUCUUCCUAUGUGUUUAUAGCUGCAAAUAUCAUCCUUCACUCAACUGAAGAGUACAAGUCCAGACAUCUGAGUGAACUACUACCUUGUAUAAUUCCUUUGUUGACCUCACACCAUCAUACUCUACGUGGUUUCACCCAGUUAUUAGUGCAUCAGGUUCUGCAAAAAUUGUUGCCAUCAGAUUCUAGUUUCUAUGCAACCAUGACUUUAGAGGAAAAGUGCUUUCAAGAUUUGAGAUCGUACUUGCAAGAUAACCCUGACUGUGCGCGGUUAAGAGCAUCAAUGGAAGGUUACCUUGAUGCUUUUGAUCCAAAGAAGUCAGUCACACCGGCUGGAAUUUUCAGUACUCGAGUUGAGGAACUUGAAUUCGAAUGUGUACCAGCAACCCUCAUGGAUCAAGUAACUAAUUUUCUAAAUGAGACUAGGGAGGAUCUCAGAUGCUCAAUGGCCAAAGAUGCAGCAGCUAUCAAGAAUGAGAGCUUGCUUGUUGACAAUGAUGGAAAGGGCAAAGAGACAUCUGGAAAUCUUACUGAAGGGCAAACAAUAGUUCUGCCAGUGCAAGAUAUAUCACUAGAUUUCCAGAGGAAGAUUACUGUUUCCAAACAUGAAAUGCAAAGUUCUUCUUCUACCGUCUUGUUGGAGAAUGAAGGACCAUUAAAUUCACUACUAGACAUAGAGAAGGAAGAUCAGCUUCUUGAGAGAGUGCUGCCCUCGAAAACUGUAGCUUUUGAGAAGUCGAAUGCAAGUCAGCAGGAUAUUAUCCUCGUAGCAUCACUAAUUGAUCGGAUACCUAAUCUUGCAGGAUUGGCACGUACUUGUGAGGUAUUUAGAGCAUCUGCACUGGCCAUUGCAGACAAAAACGUAAUGAAAGACAAGCAAUUCCAAUUGAUCAGUGUAACUGCAGAGAAAUGGGUCCCCAUUAUUGAAGUCCCAGUUAUUAGUAUGAAAGUUUUCUUGGAGAGGAAGAAGCACGAAGGUUUCUCCAUCUUAGGUCUGGAGCAAACAGCAAACAGUAUUUCUCUUGACCAAUACGAGUUCCCUAAGAGGACGGUCUUGGUCCUUGGCCGAGAAAAAGAGGGUAUACCAGUGGACAUCAUUCACAUCUUGGAUGCUUGCAUAGAAAUCCCACAGUUGGGAAUAGUUCGAUCACUCAACGUUCAUGUCAGUGGUGCCAUUGCACUUUGGGAAUACACUAGGCAGCAAAGAUCCAGUAGCUACUGAAUUACACUACAAACUCUCUGCUUUCCUUUGGAGUGCAAGAUAGCUAAUUGUUUCUAUCAUCCUCAUAUUUACUGUAUAAUUACAGGUCACAUAUGUUAUAUAGAAAAUACACCGUACAUGUACCCCUCUAUAUGUGGUGAUAUUGUUUUUGAGGGGCUCCAAUUUUGUAUUAUAGAAGAUCUCUGCAAGUGAUUUGAAGUUGAGGGAACAAUCCAUCAUCCUUAUGUUUCUUAUUGAGUUUUAAGAGUAGGUUUUUUCCCUCAUUGUGUUGUGUUUCUUUCUCCAGCAGGUUGUAUACAAUUUACUACUACAAGUUUUGAUAAUUCAAUGAAAUUUGCAAGUAAUUGCUUCUUGUUUU